GAAGGUUGGAGAGGUAAAGGAAGAAGCGUAUUCCACUCCCAACCUCGGGGGGCCUGGGGGGAGGGGUGGGCCUCCAGCUCCUCUCAGCCCCGCCCUCAGCCUUACCUUUCCCCUUCCCCACCCCCUCGGAGCAGGUGUUUCGGGAGCCUACAGGGCCACCGGGCAAAGGGUUAAAAGGUGGAGGCUCUCUUCUCCUCCUCUUCCUCCUCCUCCACCCCCACCCCCAACCCCUGGCUAGCUAGCUAGCUGACGAGCAGGUUAGCAGGCUGGGCCUAGGCUCCUGGUGAAAACCAUCCUUUGCUGCUGCUCCCUGGCCUGACUCGGCUCAGACCUAGGAAGGGACCCCCACAAGCGGUGAGGAAUGGGGAUGGCUUGCCAGGGAAGCGAGGCGCUCUGGGGGAGGGCAUGGGCCAUGAGGAUGCAGGGAAGGGCAAGCUUUUUUCCCCCAGGUUCGAAUGGGGGGGUGCUCCCAAAGAGAGCCUGGCCUCCUCCCCAGAAGCAGCAGCAAAUGUACAAGCAGGGUAGGGCUGGGUGGUUGCCUCCCCCCAGCCCAGGAGCUCCUCUGCCUGCCAGUCUGGCUCUCCCGAAGGCUGCCCAGGGGCCCAGGGAACUGUAUUCCUCAGGCCAGCGCCAUAUGAGCCCCUAGUGGUCUGGCUCUUAGAGGGCUGGGUUUGAGGGUGGCCACUCAAGCCAAGAUCUUGGGGGACGAGGACUUUACAGGAUCAAAUCUUGGCAGCUGAGGACUUUGGAAGGGAACUAGCUGAGAUCUUGGGCUGGUUAGGGGGGAAGGGAAAGACUGUAGCAGUGCCAAGCCAGGACAAUCCCCCUAGAGCCACCUCAGCUUGGGAAGGCAUCCCCAGAAGCCCAGACUGGCCCUGCCUCUCAUGGGAUGCUAGAUCAGGGAGAGCUUUGCCUGUGGGUUGGCAGCAGCUGAAAGCCAGGGCCCUUCUGAGGUCCUCAUUUGGCCUCCCCCCACAAGGUGGAGAGUUGGGGGGGGAAUAAACCCCCUCCAACUGAGCUGUAGGAAAACACCAAGUGGAGAAGAGGAGGAGCUCCCCACCUCCUACUCAGGGCUGAACCCUUGUUUAUCUGUCUCUUCUGGACUUUGCUUCUCUGCUCCCUGACUCAUUCCUGGCCAGGAGCUAAGGAAGGGAGGUAGCAGUGGAUUUGAAGGGCCCAGGAAGAGAGAGAGGCUAAGCUGCCAGGCCCUGUCCAGCCUCCUUUCACCUGCCUUAGGAUGGAGGUCAGAGGGCAACUCAUCAGCUCCCCAAGCUACAACUGUCCAGCACUGCCCCUGGAAGAGAGCCCCCCAGUGAAGGUGGAGAGACUUCGGGUGCUGCUGGAACGCCAGCGGGGCCUACAGGAGACCCUUACUCUGAAGCUUCGAGAACUCCGAAGGGUCUGCCUGCAGGAGGCGGAGCUGACAGGCCGGCUGCCUGCUGAAUACCCCUUGGAGCCUGGGGAGCAGCCUCAUCCCAUCCGGCGCAGGGCUGCCCCUAUCCCCCCACAACCCCGGGGACUCUGCCCCUCUGGAGUGCUGGCACUGGAGACGCUAGAGAGAGAGGUUUCAGUUCAGAGGCAAAUUGCUGCAGCUGCCAGACGCCUCGCACUGGCCCCAGAGCUGAGUGUGGAGCAGCGGCGGCGGCGGCGGCAGGUCCAGGCAGAUGCAUCACAGAGACUUCUUGAACUGGAGGAGCAGCUGAGGGGUAGUCGGGCUCUGGUGGGCCUCCCACUUCCCAUGCCGCCAGGUCACGGAGGUCCUGGGCUCCGGACCCGAGUAGCCCAGCUCAGCCAAGAUGAUGCCUCCCGCUCAGAGAGCAGCUCUCUCUCAGAGUCAGCAAGCCAUGAGAAUGGUGAGUGUGAUCCAUGGAGGAUGGCUGGGAGGAGCAGAAACCGAGAACCCACCUGCCCCACCAAAAUGUCCCCGCUUUGUCUCCCCUUGCCCUCAGAGGAUCACCAUAGUGAGCGGCCUGCACUCCCAAAGGCCCGGGACCAGUUGCGAGCAUCGGUAUCAGCGGGGGGCAGCCCUGAGCGUCGACCACCCUGGAAGGCAAUGCCCUCUCUGCCAGCUACUGAGCUCUAUGGAGACCUGAAGAGUCGGAGGAACUCCGUGGCCAGCCCUACCAGCCCCACCAGGACCCUUCCCAGGAGCAUAUCUAGCUUUGAGGGCAGAAGUGUUCCUGCCACACCUGUCCUGGCCCGGGGCCCUGCACCCCAGCUCUGUAGGCUGGAGGGCCUUCACUCACGCCAGUGGUCUGGCAGCCAGGACUCUCAGAUGGGCUUCCCACACACCGAUGGCCCUUGGGAGCGUGCCUUCCUCGUCUCUGGCCGGACCCGCCGGAGCAACAGUUCAGAGGCCCUGUUGGUUGACCGAGGUGCUGGGAUCUCCAGCUUUGUCUGUGCGCGCUUGCCCCCAGAAGGCCCACCAGUGUCCCCACCCUGCAAAAGCAAUGAGAGUAUUUUUGAGCGACCAGUCCCAGUGCCCCCCCCAGCCUUCUCUUCUCGAACAGCUGGGCCUCCAGACCCUCCCCGGGCUGCUCGGCCCAGCUCAGCUGCCCCUCCAGCUCCCCGGGGGCGGCCCCUGCCGGCCUAUGGUGACCUGCUACUGGAUUACUACCUGGCCCGGGGUGGACAAUGCUGGCCUGAGGGCCCAGGCCACCUUUCCUGCAGGGACGGUCUCCUUGUCUUCUUUCCCCCAGCUCCCUCAGCACUUCAAGGGGAUGGUGGAGGCGGCAUUGGCAGCCCCCUCCUUCGAGCCAAGGACGCACCACCCCAUGGAGGGCCUGGGCGUGGGCUAACCAGUCGCACUAAGUCUGAUGAUGGGGGCCCACUGCCUGGUUCCUUCUGGGCAGGCCCUGGGCCAACUCGUUACCACAGCCAUCCAGACCAGUCAGCUGCUGACCCCCGGGGUGGUCACAAGGCUCUGGCCCUCGAGGGACUCCGAGACUGGUACAUUCGAAACGUGGGCUCCACAGGAGGGGGUGCUGUGGCAGGCCUUCACCCCUCGGCCCGGGGCCUCCUUCCAGAGGGCCAGGCCCUGCAUCCUUCUCCAUUCUCCUGGCAUCACUCUAGCUACCCACAAGGCCUCCUGCUGCAUACUGCUCAUGGCACUGAGGCUAGCCCUGAGCCAUACUUGGGCUAUGCUGGAGUGGCCCUGCCCUCGGCAGUGGUGGCAGCACCAACAGCAGCGACAGCCCUACCUCACUCCCUCAGCUUCACAGCUCCUCCUGUCUCUGGCAGACACUACGCAGACUUCCUGUACCCCCCAGAGCUGAGCUCCCACUUAAGUGACCUGGCAUUGGAAGGGGAUCGGCCCCUGGACUCAGAUCCUCGAACCCCAGGGACGUUGGUCUGACCCUCCUGCCUCUGGAGACACUGGUCUGACAUCCCAGUAACCCCAGCUCCCUCCGGGGAUGCUAGUCUGGAUUCCUAAUGGACCCUUAGGAUGAUAGCAUCGUGUCUUUGUGAACCUUUCCUUGCACGGACCCCAGGGAUGCCACUUUGACACCCCCCUCGCCCUGCCUUUUGCCUCCUGAACACUGGGCAGCCACCAGCAUCCCUCUAAGCCCCUGCUGGGAGCUGGGAAGUGGCCUAAGUACUGUGCAGGGCCCCUCCCUCUCUUUUCUACCUUCUAUGAGGAAGUGAGAGAAUUUCCAACUAUGUAGAUGUUGAUGUGCUCUGAGCUGCCCCCUCUGCCCACCUGUGGAGGGGGCAUGGGCUUCUGGGGAGGGGGAUAGGGCUGGAUGCCAGUGUGGCAGAGGGAGAGCGGAGCAGCUGAGAUUUCAUCUAACCUAGUGCCCUCUGUCUCCUUUCAUUGACAUCAGGCCUCCGGAUGGAAGCAAGUGCCAGGCUCAGCCACCCUGGUUUGGGGGCAGGGGGUAGCUCUCGCCUUUGGAAAUGGAGGAUUUCUGUCCAAGGCAAGCUGUGCUUAGUCUGCCAGUCCUCAUAUAUGCUCCUCUUGGGUGUCAGGGGCAGAAGGUCCAGCAGCCAUCAGAGGUCCCCUGCUUAUCGGCUGUGAAGAUA